AUGUUCUUAUACCAUUUCACAGCUACUUCGUUUACCAUCUCGGGUAACAGCACGGGAACUGACGGGGCAUCAGUGUCUCAGGGCGACAACUUACAGAUGAUUUGUUUCUCGUCAAGAAAUGAUAUUCUUCUUGUAGACUGGUACAACAAACCACGCGACAAUAAUUACUUCCCAACAUCACCUACAGUAGUAAUGAAACUGGAUGCUAAUGGAACAUGUCUCUUUCACCCGUCUUACCUAGUUCCUACCAACAUGAACUGCGGCUGUGUAAGCAUAUCUAAUUACACGUGUACUCUCAUCAGUGUGGAGACGGACAUGAAGGGCGAUAUGUGGAGGUGUAAAUUUGCAUACGGCACUCAAGCGUCGUCGACGUUAGCGUAUACCAAUGAAUUGACUAUUGAUUUGACAGUUGGCAUUACGUCGACACUAAUAUCCUCUCCAAUCGACAACCCCGUGUCCGUUAUAGUAAACACAGAAGGCACAUUCCAGUGUCAGACGUCCCCUGGAAACCCUGUAGCCUCUGUCGUUUGGUACAAAGACAACAAAACCACUUCUACAGCAGACGACAUACAAAUAACCUCUGGAACAAGUACAUCAUCAACACCGGACGGGGAUCUGAUCGUGACGCAUGGGACCCUCACUUUACAGGUACAGAGAGAUGACCAGGACUUGGGUGUGUACUGCCGUGCAAGAAACAUGGAACAGUGGUUCACUUCCGGAACAAAGAUGAUAAAUGUUCUAUACGGCCCUGAUCCUCCUGUGUGCAAAGCCAACAACGUCAAUGUUUCACCAUCGUUGAUUGUCAUUAUUGGCAGCAUGUUCUCAAUAUCCUGUACGGCUGACAGUAAUCCACUGCCGACCACAUAUCUACUAUCUGGACCAGAUGGGAUUAACCUACCGUUGAGCUUUACUGGCAUAACGAGGACACAGGCAGGAUCGUACACCGUUGAGGCCAGGAACAGUAUGUCCGCAACUGGGAGUGGUAGUCCGGUUACAGCCCGAAACUUGACGUCCUUUACCAUAGAUGUAUUGUACUUGCCCUGGAUGCCAACAAUACGUGUGGAUGGUAGUACCGUAAAGGGUAUGGUGAAUAUCAUCGAAGGCAACAGCAAGGUGUUCAACUGCAGCACUGACAGCAACCCGGCCAGCAGCUACAGCUGGACGUACCCACGUGGAUCCACGGCUAACAGAGCAUUGCAAUAA